AUGGCGUUCCUACAGUGGAGGAGAUUCAAUUUCUUUGACAAAGAAGCUGUAAAGGAUCCAGCAACUGAUCAAGUGUUUGAUCAGCUGAAGGAUGUCAAUGUCUCUGCCUGCACAAGUGGACGUGGCCAGUUGGUUGUUGGAGACUUUGAGGGCAAUUUGUACUUCAUCAAUAGACAAAUGGAGCUGACUGCGUUCAGGGCGUAUGAGAUUAGAGUCACCCAUCUGCUUCAGCUGAAGCAGCACAACUUGCUGAUUUCAAUUGGAGAAGAUGAACAGGGAAUCAAUCCGCUAAUUAAAGUCUGGAACCUUGACAAGAUGGAUCGAGGAAAUCCAACAUGUACAAGAUUGACAAGGGCUAUCCCUGGAAAUAAGCCUACACCGGUGUCAGCAUUUGCAGUGCAUGAGAAUUUAAAUUUCAUGGCUCUGGGGUUUGAAAACGGCGCCGUUGUGCUGUUCAAAGGAGACGUUACAAGAGAAAGGCACAGCAAGUCACGAAUCGUGUUUGAGAGCAACAAGCGAGUCACAGGUUUAGCUUUCAAAUCACAGGGCAAGGAUGUGUUUCUCUUUGUUGUCACAGAAAAUCAGACUUUGUCAAUCAACAUCACAGCUAAGGAUACACAGACGGUGUUAGAGGAUAAAGGAGCAAGCCCUGGCUGUAUUGUUAUGAGUGAUGCUAUUCAGGAUAACCAAUUGGUCAUUGGACGGCCAGAUGCUGUCUACUUCUACCAGCCAGAUGGACGAGGCCCAUGCUUAGCUUUUGAAGGGACUAAGCUUCAGCUCCACUGGUUCAGAGGCUACCUGAUCAUCGUUGGCAAAGAGAACAAAGCUUUACCCAGGGCACCAGUUCUGGGCCCACAUGGUAUGGAGAUGAACACAGUGACUGUCUACGACAUUCAAAAUAAAUUCAUUGCUUAUUCUGCUCCUUACCCAGAAGUGAUUGAUGUCAUGUGUGAAUCCGGCUCCAUUUUUAUAUUCACAGGAGACAGGAAGCUUUACCAGUUGCAAGAAAAAGAUACUCAAAGCAAGUUGGAAAUGUUGUUUAAGAAAAACAACUAUGCAUUAGCAAUCAGUUUAGCCAAAAGCCAGCAGCUGGACCAGGAUGGUUUAAUAGACAUAUUCACCCAGUAUGGCGACCACUUGUAUAGCAAGGGAGAUCAUGACAGUGCCAUUGAUCAGUACAUAAAGACUAUUGGCAAACUGGAGGCAUCUUAUGUUAUCCGCCGGUUCUUGGAUGCUCAGCGGAUACACAAUUUGACCAAAUAUCUUCAAGCUCUGCACAAAAGCCAGUGUGCCACAGAGGAACACACCACCCUUCUACUCAACUGCUACACAAAGCUAAAAGAUGUUUCCAAGCUUGAUGAGUUUAUUAUGACCAAGAACAGGGAGGUUGACUUUGAUGUGGAGACAGCCAUCAACGUUUGUCGCCAGUCUGGCUACUGCAAACAUGCACUUGCCCUGGCUGAGAAACAUAAGAAGCAUGAACACUAUCUGAAGAUCCAGCUAGAAGACAUCAAGGAUUACCAGAAAGCUCUGCAGUACAUAGGGAAGCUAGACUUUGAAGCAGCUGAGAGCAAUCUAAAGCAGUAUGGGAAAAUAUUAAUGAAUAACGUUCCACAAGAGACCACUGACUUGCUGAAGCAUCUAUGCACAGACUACAAACCCACAGACAGGCCUUUGAUUGAUCAAAACAGUCUAGAGGGUGGGAUCCCUAGAAUCCAGAAAGCUAAUGCAGAAGAGUUUAUUCACAUUUUUGUCAACAAUUCCAGUAAACUGACAGAGUUUCUAGAGCAUAUGAUUGAGGUUCAGCCAAACUCCUCAAAUUUGGUCUAUAAUACUCUGCUUGAGCUUUACCUACAUGACAUGGUCCAUGAGUCUGCCAUUAUUUCCCGGGUGGAAAGAGAGAGGAAAACACUGGAACUGUUGAAAAAUCAAGAUGCAAAUUAUGAUAUUGACCAAGCACUGAUUUUAUGCCAGAUGAACAACUUUAAGGCUGGAAUUCUCUACCUUUAUGAGAAAGCACAAUUAUACCAGCAGAUUCUGCGAUACCAUAUGGAACACUCGGAAUAUGUUCAUGUGAUUGAAGCUUGCAAAAAGUUUGGUCAACAGGACCCUCAGCUGUGGGUGCAGGCUUUGUCUUACUUUGCUUCAAGAGAGGACACGUGCAAGCCUCAAUUGAUGGAGACAUUAUCUCAUAUAGACAAGAAGAACUUGCUGCAGCCUCUUAUGGUCGUCCAGAUCUUGGUACACAACUCUACUGCCACUCUUUCAGUUGUGAAGGACUAUAUUGUUCGACGUCUGCAAAUGGAAAAUGAUCAGAUAGCGGAGGAUGAGCGCCUUAUUAAGCAAUACAGAGAAGACACUGAAAAGAAACGGGCCAAAAUUGAAGAGCUGAGAACAUCAGCUAAAGUAUUCCAAGCAUCAAAGUGCAAUAUUUGCAGCCAUUCCCUUGAGUUGCCAUCCGUUCAUUUCCUUUGUGAGCCUCACUCUUACCAUCAGCAAUGUUUUGAGAGCUAUGCAGAGAAUGACAUGGAGUGUCCAGUCUGUGCUCCUGAAAACAGAAAAAUUAUGGACAUAAUUAGAGCCCAGGAGCAGUCGAAAGAUAUUCAUGAAUUCUUUCAUAAUCAGCUGGAGAGAGCUCCAGAUGGCUUUUCUGUUGUGGCUGACUACUUUGGUAGAGGCGUUUUUAACAAG